ACAAACGCAGGCAAAAACGAAAGGAAAAAAAUGAAAGAAAGGUUGAACCUUAACUGGACCAGGUGACAAUCCCAUUCCAAGAAGAUGAACCUAUAAUCUCUCUUCAACGAUCGUAAUGGCCGCCAGAGAAGAAGACGUGGCAGCGGAACUCGAAGCCGUGCAAGCAGUCUACGGCGACGACUGCGUCGUCCUCGAUUCCUAUCCUCCCCGUAUCCACCUCCACAUCAAACCUCGCACCGCCGACGUCGCUUCCCAACAGUUUGUGGAAGCUGUGAUUGAAAUUCGAGCAGGUCCUCAGUAUCCGGAGAAACCGCCGCAAAUUUAUCUUGUAGAUUCGAAGGGUCUGGAUGAGGAAAGGCAGAAGCAUCUCACAAAUUAUAUAAGAGAAAAAGCAUCCGAGCUUUCGUCUUGUUUGAUGCUUGUGGCAGUUUGUGAGGAAGCAGUGGAGAAGCUGUCAGUUAUGAAUCACCCCGAUGGCAAUUGUCCACUCUGUUUGUGUCCUUUGGUCUCGGAGGAGGAGCAGAGUCAAGUCUUGCCAUUUAUGAAGUUGAUGUCUUGUUUCCAUUGCUUUCACAGUGAGUGCAUUAUUAGGUGGUGGAGUUGCAUCCAAAAAGAAGCAAAGAUCAAUGUCUCGUCAACUGCAACUACACAUUCUCUUAGAGAGACCAGAGAUCGCAAAGAUACACAGGGAGCUGUGGAAGAGAGUAUGGGUAACUGUCCAGUCUGCCGCAAAGGCUUUCAUGUAGAGGACUUAGAACAUGUGCUUCAUUUGGUUGACAAUGAAUUCUCUCGAUUUAGCUUGGAUGAAAAUGAAGAUGAUGAGAGUCAGAAAUUCCUUCAGUCUGAUGCAGAGAAGGCCCGCAGAGAGAACUUUGAUGCCAUAUUGAAGUUACAGCAAGAAAGUGGUGGUUUAAUUGAACCUAAGAAAAAUAUUGCUGUUGUACCUGGUAUGUUUCUUACACCACCUGUUGCACCUUCUAACCCUGUGGUAGCCAAAGAAUCUCCUGAAGAGCAACACAGAGAACCCCCAGUCACCCCAGGCAUGCAUUCUGGUGGUUCCUCAGGUAGGCGUAAUAUCAAUGAGCACAGGAGUUCCAGCUCACGGAAGCAGAGAGAGCAAAGAGGACGUAAUCGAAGACAACCUUCCAAACAGUGGAUUAGAAAAGAAAGUGACAGCGCAAAGUGACCAAUUGGUCUAAAUGGUUAUUCUGGGAGCUUUUUCUAUCCCUGAUGUACCUUAAGUUAUUCAAGGAGUACUAUUUGAGAGAAGUGUAAAAUGGAAGGAAGUCUUGGGAAGACAUGUUAGGGAGUGACAGAACAACAAGAAACACCCCUCUGCUCUCAGUAUCAUCGAUGUCAUCACCAUGUUUGUAAGUUUAACAUCCUCUUUCUGUAAAUCAUGCGUGUUUGAGAAUAUCAAGUUAUGCAAUCUUGUUGUUGAGAUGCAAAAAUAGAUGAAACGCUUCUGAAAUGUUUCGUUUAGAAAUGAA